AUGGCCAUUCUUCCCAACAUCCUGCCCCCUCCAGGCCUUGAAGGUGUCAGCAGUGUUGGCAAAGCUGGCAAAAGACGCAGAGGGACACACCCUUCGCCUGCCAAGCUGUUACGUGAUGCUGCUCGACAGCAGCGGCUGCUCACACGAGCCGGACAUUCUGGGGCUGCAAAUCUGACACCAUGCGAUGCAUCUUCUGACUUCGUCCCGAGGUUGGUGGGUGCUGUGCAGAGCUUGGUGUUAAGUAGCGGUGGAGUGCUCCAUGAAGCUUUUCAUGCUUGCUCGCGUGCGGUGAAGACGAAGGGCCGGGUGAGGGACAUUUUCCCCUUGCCCUUGUUGGCACGCUGGCCGACCAACGUUUUACUGAAGCACACUGGAGCAGAGCCCGCGCUUGUGUUUGCAAACUUUUGUCUUGUGAGUUUGAACGCUCUGUGGGCAGACUUCAAAGAAGGACGCUUGUUGGCGGCUGUCAAAGCAGUGAAACCUACAGCUCCGCAGCUACAGGUGCAAGUUCAUGUUGCUGAGAAAGUCGCCAGGAUGCUAACGCGUUCCCAACUCUCAGCUGGAAGUUCGUGGACAUGGUGUGGUGCUUUCGACAAGUUCGAACAAGGUUCCUUUGUGCAAAGUCAGCCGUUGGUGGGCGCUGCUGUGGACCUUCCGCGGAAGGCUGCUACUUGCGACCCUGUACUCCACGUGCCGGCCGAGCUAAGGGAAAUGCUGAGAAACGCUUCAAGCAUCUUCCCAGCGGUGCCAGCAGGAGAGCUAGGACCUUGUUGCAGACAUCAAGAAGAUCCAGAACAGUAUGCCAUCUUGAUUGCAAGAGAGGUCAAAUGCGGGAAGAUCAGGCUCAGGCGUCAAGCAAAUGGAGUGGCUCCCAUCUUCGCAGUGGGAAAGUCGGCGGCUGGGAGGCAAAGGAAGAUUUGGAACGGCUCGGAACUAUCGUCCAUUGCUGCCAAGCCGCCACCACCUCCACGGCUCGCAAACCCGUCUUCUUUUUUGGACCUUCACGUGGGCACAGACACACCGGUGUUCUACUCCAAGCGCGACGCGGAGACCUUCUUUGACGUGCUUAAGGUGCCAGACGAGCUUUGCCCAUGGUUCGGGCAACCACCACUCUCAGCAGGGGAGCUCAUGCAGGCCGGAAACUUCACUGUGGAGCUCUUGGCUAGCCUGACCGACGAUCUACACGGUUCAAGCUUGCGUGAAGACGACCUGUUGGUGCCUGUCAGCAUGGUCUGGCCCAUGGGUUUUAGUUGGUCAUCCACCAUUGCUCAGAACACGACCAUCGCAUGCGUCAAAGCUGCUGAGGACGCAAUCUUGGCCAUGGAGCACCCAGUUCCGCACGACCAGAGCGAGCUGUGUAUGGUUGCUACAGAUGACACCGUGUUCAUGCACCGUGACCGGAAAAAGGGCUUGGCUACUCUAGCCCGUUUCGACAGUUCCUUGGACAAUGCUGGCAUACCCAGGAACCUGGGCAAGGACAUCACACUGGUGGAGCAAGUUACUGCGCUUGGGUGUGACAUCAGCAGCCGUCCUCAUGUGGCUGAGCCUACCAUACCCAAACUGAUGACUUGCAUCAGUGCCGUGCUGGACGUCUUGGACAGGCGUGCUGCCUCGCCCAAGGCGCUGCACGGGUUACUGGGGCUUCUUCAAUGGCUCUGCCUACUCCAACGUCCUGUGUUCGGAGUGUUUGACAACAUUUACAAAUUUGUCAGCCAUGAACCUGGAAGGCGACCUGCAGAAAUCCCUGACAAGGUGCUCAAGGAGUUGGCGGUUGCGCUAGGUUUGCUGCCUUUACUUUGUGUACGCUUGGACAAGCAGUAUGCCAAUGACCUCCUUGCCUGUGAUGCUGCCCCAGAGUUCGGGUUCGGCGUCUCGGUAAAAACCUGCUCCGAUGACUUAUUGCACAGAUUAGGAUGCUUAGCGGAGCGAUGCGGGGACUAUGUCCGUGUGCACAAGGAACCCGGCGAGAUGGAGAAAUCCCGCCUCGGGACACCGCACAGACUUCCACUGCGCAAGCGUGAUUUUCGUACCUUGGUGUCAGCUCCAGCCAAGUGGAAGGCCCAUUCGAGUACUCUUGAAGGACAUGCUUUGCUCUUGACGCUGAAGUGGCUUUCUCGCAGUGCAAAGAAGCAUCACAAGAAGGUCGUGGUGUUGGUGGAUGCCAAGGCCGUUUUAGGAGCCGUCGCCAAAGGGCGUACGUCGGCUCCCGGGCUGCGGAGUGUGGUGAGAGCGAUUGGAGCCCAUGAACUGGCGUGCGACUGGAUCGCAGUAGCUUGCCCGGUCCGCGGCGAACUGGUACGAACUGACG